AUGGGAAACCGCAGCGCGGCGGACUCGGGCGAGCUCCUAGGGGCGCACGGGCAGGGGGCCGGCGUCCCGGGCGCAGCGGCAGCGCUGGUGGGGGGCGUGCUGCUCAUCGGCGCAGUGCUCGCGGGAAACUCGCUGGUGUGCGCGAGCGUGGCGUCCGAGCGAGCCCUGCAGACGCCCACCAACUACUUCAUCGUGAGCCUGGCUGCUGCGGACCUCCUCCUGGCGCUGCUCGUGCUCCCGCUGUUCGUGUACUCCGAGGUCCAGGGUGGUGUGUGGCUGCUGGGCCCCAGGCUCUGCGACGCGCUCAUGGCCAUGGACGUGAUGUUGUGCACCGCCUCCAUCUUCAACCUCUGCGCCAUCAGCGUGGACAGGUUCGUGGCCGUGGCCGUCCCGCUGCGCUACAACCGCCAGGGCCGGGGCGGCCGGCAGCUGCUGCUGAUCGGCGCCACGUGGCUGCUGUCGGCCGCCGUGGCGGCGCCGGUGGUGUGUGGCCUCAACGACGUGCGCGACCGCGACCCGGCCGCGUGCCGCCUGGAGGACCGCGACUACGUGGUCGUCUCGUCCGUGUGCUCCUUCUUCCUGCCCUGCCCGCUCAUGCUGCUGCUCUACUGGGCCACGUUCCGGGGCCUGCGGCGCUGGGAGGCGGCACGCCGCGCCAAGCUGCGGGGCCGCCGGCUGAGCCGAGCCCCGGCUCCCGGCGGCGCCCCAGGCCCGCCCCAGGCCCGCAGGAGAAGGCGCCCCAAGAUCCCCGGCCGGGAGCGCAAGGCCAUGAGGGUGCUGCCCGUGGUGGUCGGGGCCUUCCUGGUGUGCUGGACGCCCUUCUUCGUGGUGCACAUCACGCGGGCGCUGUGUCCCGCCUGCGCCGUGCCCGCCCGGCUGGUCAGCGCCGUCACCUGGCUGGGCUACGUCAACAGCGCCCUCAACCCGGUCAUCUACACCGCCUUCAACGCCGAGUUCCGCCACGCCUUCCGCAAGGCCCUGAACGCCUGCUGCUGA